CUCCGUGCUACCUUGAUGCCUCCAGUCUCCUUUAAUGCAGUAACAAUGCAGUUACAGCUGCAUUGUUUUACAAUGAAAUGAAGAACUAAACAAUUUUGAUAUUCUUUUUGUUUUGUUUUUUCCUUUGGCUCUAUUACAGUGGUAUUACAUUACACAACACAAUAAGUUAAGAGACUGUAAAUAAUAGGAGACAUUAUUAGUUUAAGCUGCAGCUGCAGACCAAGACAGUGCAGUGUAAGUGUUAUUCCAGAAUUGUCUCUGAGCUGACAGCUCUGUGAGGCUUGGGCAUUUCCACAAAGAUGUAUAGACAGUUUUUUUCUCUUUCAAAGAAGUUUGUGUUUAAUAAGGUUUGAAAUAAAUGUUCCUGUCAAGCAAAGCUCUCAAUACUCAAGCUCUCAAAAAUCUCUCUAGCGUAUGACGCUAGAGAGAUUAUUUGAGAUUCCAUCAACACACAUGAAUGAAUGUACUCAUACCAUUGUUAUCCUCCACAUAGCAAAGGGAACUUUGCUAGAAAGCAACAAAAAUGAAUCUCUAGUUACAAUUGUGGUGUGGCAACACUUUAGUGGUUUUAAACCCACUGCAUCUACCCCUGACUGUCACCUCUGUGUUUGUAUGUCUUUGUGUGUGAUUGAGAAAUGCAGAAAUAAACUAGACCAGGCAUAAAAACUAUGGCUUUAGAUUAUGGCUACUCUUAUCACAUUUAAUGAUUCAAUAUCUCUGAUUCAGUUGUAAACAUUGCACAAGCUAUUACUCCACUUUCUCCACCACUCUUCAAACUGCUUUCACGGUCAGUUAGAGGUCAACUGAAACAAAUCUUUAACGGCAAAUGCUGAAAUGUUGUUCUUUAAAUGCUGCCAUCAUUAAGCACAGCUUUUAUAAGCAAUGGUUAUUUGAUGAUUGAAGAAUAUUGUUUUGGUGAUGGUGGCCGCAAUCAUGUGUCCAACAGGGAAAGUCUUACCCGUUCAAAGGCUCCUUGCCUCCCAUGUGGAACCCCAUCGCUUUGAUGGACUUCAACAACCUCUUUAGAACAAUGGAUAAGAUGGGCGAGGAGAUUCCCAGAGACGCUCCCUGGAGAGCUCCCCAUGCUGAGGAGUGGGACAAGAUGACCAUGCAGGAACUCUUUGAAAAACUCUGCUGGACCAGAACUGCUCGUCGCUUCGCCACACUGUUUGUCAACUUGAUCGUGACCGCUGAACCCCACGAGGUGUCGGCUCUCUGGUUACUCUGGUACGUCAAACAGUGCGGAGGAAUAAUGAGGAUCUGCUCCACCACCAAUGGAGGACAGGAGAGGAAGUUUGUAGGGGGUGCGAAUCAGGUGAGUCAGUGCAUGGCGAGGGAGCUGGGAGACCGAGUGAAGCUGCAGUCUCCAGUCUACAGGAUCGACCAGACCGGAGAC